UUUUCAUGGCAACAGCCCAGUCUGACGCAAUCUCGACCUGCUCCAACAGUGAUUUUGCACCAAUCCCAGAGCCAGAAAAAGAAAAAAAUAAAGGAGAAACAAAUACCAGAGCUCCAAAACCUCGCAGCGUCCGCAAUUGCCUUUGUCAUCCUUCUGCUUCUUCUUCGUCUUUAUACAGUCUCUUCCCUUCUCUGUUCUCUCUCUCUAUCUCUCUCACUGCCUUCUGAAGAAAGUCCACACACACACACACACACAUAUUUUUUUACUUUGGUUCGUACACCUGUUGGUCGGAACUAGCUUCUACGCCGGCCGUUUAUGUACAAAGCCAGGUAAACCUGAAUUUGAAGAUCUGCAUUCUGCUAUUGAAAGGAGCCAGUUACAAUGACCCGUUCCCUCUUAGUACUGGUGACAUGAGCUGCAUAAUGAUCUGAUCAAGCGGCAGAAUUCAGCUUCUGUGUUGGUACCGGUGUGACUUUGAAUCACCAUUAGUGUUCAGAUACCUUUCGCUUCAUUAUAUUGUGAAAUCAUUCUGUGCAUGUUUGGAUUAGCUUACAGCUAUAACUGUCAUAGAGUAUCAAGCGGAGGGUUUUGAAAGUAUGGCAACUUAUUUGCCAAAUUCAUUUUCUGAGACACCGAUUACCUCAAGUAAUAUAACGUUGUUUAUGAACACUGGUUCAUAUCCAGAGGCAUUCACUGGCAAUUCUCAGGAGCAAAAUAGCUGCUUUGUUAUCCCACCAGCCACAGAACAGCAAGAAAUCUUAGCAAAUCUUGGUGGGUUGCAAACUGGGGACUAUGAUUUCACUGCUUGGAGACAAGGGAGAAAUGAGAUGCUAGUAACAAAUCCAAUGGAAGGACAUAACUUGCAGAGCCAGGGAUUAUCUCUCAGCCUUGGAACCCGAACUCCAACAGGAAUCCAAGUGUCUCCUUUCCAUGAUCAGAGUUCCAAUCCAAGUUUCGAUUCGUUUUUAGGUCAAAAUCCAUCAAUUUCAGGCCAUAAAAGCAGCUCAUCCAGGCAUGAAUGUAUGAGGCACAGUGAAAUUAUGCCACCUGAUUUACCUGAAGCUAAUCAAGUUUUGAAUAGAGGGGAUUAUUCUUUGCAUGGGAUGUCGAGUGUUUCAAGAACAAUUCCUAAUUCCAAGUACCUCAAGGCAGCACAAGAGCUACUUGACGAAGUUGUUGACAUCCAAAAAGCAGUAAAACAACCCAAUGUGAAGAGUCAUGGCACACGUGAAAAGAAGACUUCUAAGGAGAAUGAUCGAAGACAAGAAAAUGAGAUGACACCUUCUAAUGGAGAGCCUAACCCUCAAGAUUUAGCUGGCAACUCCUCUUGCGAGCUUUCGCAUGCUGAAAAACAAGAUCUGCAGAACAAGUUAACAAAGCUCUUGUCAAUGCUGGAUGAGGUUCACAAUAGGUACAAACAAUAUUAUCAUCAGAUGCAGAUUGUGGUAUCGUCAUUUGAUGUGAUAGCAGGACGCGGGGCAGCGAAACCAUACACGGCACUGGCUCUCCAAACCAUUUCACGUCAUUUCCGGUGCUUGCAUGAUGCAAUCACCGGCCAAAUCAGUGCGACACAGAAGAGCCUUGGAGAGCAAGAUGCUUCAGGAAAUAAUAAAGGAGUUGGAAUAUCAAGACUCCGAUAUGUUGAUCAACAAAUCCGGCAACAGAGGGCUCUCCAGCAGCUUGGAGUGAUGCAUCAUGCAUGGAGGCCACAAAGGGGACUACCAGAAGGCUCUGUUUCAAUUCUUCGUGCCUGGCUCUUUGAACAUUUCCUUCAUCCCUACCCGAAAGAUUCUGAAAAGGCAAUGCUAGCAAGGCAGACAGGCUUGACUAGAAGUCAGGUCUCAAAUUGGUUUAUAAAUGCACGAGUUCGUCUUUGGAAACCUAUGAUUGAGGAGAUGUACAAGGAAGAAAUUGGCGAUGCUGACUUGCACUCCACUUCUUCAACUGAAGAUGCAUCCAAGGUAAGCAAAAGUGAUGUCAAGGUCUCCGAUGAUGGGUGUGAUGAUUUGCAACAGAGCCAGAGUUCAGUAGCCGACAAGAAUAGCAAUGUUGGACAAGCUAAGGACUUGAGAUCUGAUAAGCAAACUGAGGAGCAGCAAAGGCUUAGCUUUGAUGACUGUAGUGUCUUCCAAGGUGACACGGUUGUUCAGACCAAUGAAGGAAGUGCUGGGUUUAUAGCAGUUGCUCCGGCAUGCCAGAUGUCCGAGUUGGGGAGGUUUCAAUCUGGAAAUGGGGUGUCACUGACAUUAGGUUUGCAGCAUUGUGAAGUUGGUGAUUUUAUGUCUGGUGAGAGCCGCCAUAGUUUUGUUGUCAUGAGGGAGGAUGGCAUUUACAAUGCCGCCUCAGCUGCGACCAUUGGAGCUCAGACAUCAGAACUUGAUUGUGUUGCUGCUGGAAACCAGCACCAAAGGUUCACCACGCGCCAUUGAUGGCAUGGUUUUAUAGCAUAAAGACAAUCUGUGGCAGUAUUGUGACAUGCAAAAUAUAUAAUAUUGUGUCUGAUAUGAGUAUAUCAGACACAACCAUGUUGCAAUCCUUAUGGGAGGAAAUGAGUGAUUAGUGAUCACUGAUCUGGGCCCUCUUGCUUGACAGUGACAAGACGACACUGUAUAGGAAGCAACCCAUCAACCCAUCAAGGACAAGGCAGGAACUGUUGUAUUCUAUCUCGAAAUUAAUUGGACGAUUUGCUCAUCCAAGAAGGCGCAUAUCUUUAGCUCGUUUUGCCAAAAUGGAGAGUGUAAUGAUAGGAUUGAUGAAGCUAGACCAUGUCAAAUACUCCUAAUACUCUUCACAAGUACCCGUUAACUAUUUUGCCUUGAUUGAAGAAAAUAAUUAAAAUUAGUCAAGCGUGAAAAACUUCAA